UGUUGGGGACUAUUUCUUCCGACGGACACAAGAAGGACACAUCUUCCGGUCCAGCGGGCUGCGGUUCCUGUGUGUUCUUGUUCGUUAAAAAUAUAAAUUUCUUUACAGUCUGGAUGUUAAAUAUUUAUUUUUAGUGGAUAAAUCCCCGAGAAGCUGCGGAAAAUGAACACCGUCCUUCGAAAAGUGCAGGUGUGCGUCCUGAACCAGGCGCUCACAUCCUGCAGGCUGUCUCCGUCCAUCCAUCACCCUGGGAGGUCGAAUGAGCGGCUGUACAGGAGCAUGCCGACCCACGGCAUCGGCAGGUGGAGGUACCUUUUACCCAAACAAGCACCUAAGAAGAAGAAAGAGAAGCAGCAGAUGAAGCAGAUUCUGGCAGCAACCAGCUCGGCGCACGGCACUCUGAACGUCAGCGUGUCCGGUCACGACAUGACCCUGGUGGAGCAUUACUCGCAGUACGUGCACAACCUCUGCAACCGGCUGGGCAUCAAGGUGGCAGACAGCUACGCUCUGCCGACAAAAAGCACAGAGGUGAUGCUGAUGCAGGAGCAGGGAACCAAGACGUACGUGGACGCCGUGCUGAAGACUCACCAGCGGGUGGUCCAGCUGAGCAGCCUGAACGCGGCGCUGUGUCCCGUAUUCAUGGAUGUUCUCUUGAGGAACCAGCCGGAGGGAGUUCAGCUCUGCGUGAUGGAGCACACAGAGGCUGAUUUUCAGGCUCGCUUUAAGGCGCGGCCGGAGCUGGAGGGGCUCAUCGCUCAGAUAAGACAUUAGGACCGUUACCCUACCGGCCUGCGGAUGCCAUCUGGAGGACAAACCCUUCACUCUUCAUUUCAUAGGCGAUGUAUAAUAAAACUAUUGAACAUUAA